CAUAUAUCAUCAUUUUCCUACUUAAGAUUGUAGUUCUACGUUUUCAUUUUUAUUUUAAAUGUUUUAAGCGAUCGAGUACUUGUGUUAUUGUUGAACUGGGUUACCCUUGGAGAGAGGUCGGUGUGAAAAUUAUUUUCUUUAUAAUAUGCUGAAAAUGGUAAAUUUACGGAUAUGGACUCCUACGAUAUUUCAUCUCGACGAGUGCCCCAGAGGAAAUAUUUCACUAAUACUUAUAUGCGCUUUCUCAAUGGGGGAAACACUUCGUUAAAAUAUACUGACAGCUAAGGCAAUACAAACAAUUCACGAUAUUGUUGACAAGAUUAAAUCGCGACCAAGUGAAUUAUUUUCUGUUUCAUGUUGACUGGAAUGUACAUUAUUACAAUUCAAGUUUACAGAAAGAGAAUUAUAACAUUCCAGUAUAAGUCUGUGUUUAAUAUACAAUCUGUGAUGUAAGGAACAACAAUCUGCAUUCUAAAAUAGCUUUUUUGAAAUGCUUGACAAUGUCUUAUGAAAACCACAUGGAUAAUGAACGAGAUGUCACGAGCUGCCUUAUUGAUUUUAGUGAUGGGAACAAGCACACUGAUAGAAGUACGUUCAAAACAAAGCUUAACUGUGGUUGGGCAGAAGCAGUGACAGGAUGGCAAAAUAUAGUUCCAUCGCCGCAGUAUAUUCCUCAUCAUGUGUCAAAUGUGAUCAGGAAAAGAAAAUCUGAUAAAUUACCAGAAUGGCAACGUAGUGCAAAUAGUGAUCAAUUUGCAGAUAUGCUUGGUGAAAACUCAAAAGCAGGUGUACGCUGUGUUGGAGAUGACUUUGAGAAUUUUCCAAUACCUCCAUGGAAAGCAAAUGUUGAACAAGGAACUUUUCGCUAUGUCCCCAACAAUGGGUUUUAUAGGACAAUCAAAUUUCUGACAUUUGAUGAAAGAAGAGAAUGGUUCACAGUCACGAAGAAACAACCAGAAAAGGUUUCAAUGAGCUGGCAGAAUAAGAGAUUCCAAAAGGAAUUGAAACGUCAAUUAAGGAGAGAGUUUUCAAACUACAAUCAUUAUCGUCAGAGACAAAGUCCAAGUGUGUCCAUGCAUGAAUCUGUUGAUACUUCUGCUGCUACAAGUGAGAACCCAUCAGCAAGGAGUGAGUCUCAUCGAUCAAAUCGGCGUAUCAGAAGUACACAUUCACAAAGCAGUUCUACUAGUCACAAAACUGAACCUCAACAGAAGCCUACAGAAUCUGCAAUCAAGAGUGCUCCAGUUGGUAACCACUUAUUUAAGUCAACCAGUGACCUCUACAUUGAAAAUUUCACACACAGGAUUACGGCUUUAGAGGAGGAGUUAAAACGAGACUCAAGAAUUGCUAGAAAAAACCAUGAGGAGCCUUCUGUAACAAAGAACAAUUCCAAAUCAAAGGGUUACAGUGUGAAAGACUUGGCACAAAAACAACGAGAAAAAGACACAACGCCACGUCAACCUCCACCUUCUAAAGAAGUCAUGUCAAAGGAAUCAUUCGUAAUCAAACCUGUAGGUAAUCGAGAUCUUAAACCAAUCGAAAAACCUGUUCCAGUUGUACAGAAUACAAAUGUAGAUGGGGACAAACCUCCUGUCACUCAUCAGCUCAAGUACACUACUACAGUUGGUGGAGAUGGAGCUGUUCUCAAUUUUCAAAAUUUUCAAAAUCAGGAGAACAUUGCAGGUGGUGAAUUAGAUAAAACUUUGCAUUCUUAUAAGGUAGCCAUUGAAACAACAAAACAAUCAUUAUUUCAAACUUUGUCUGCGACGAAAAUCAAAAGAAGAGCAUCGGGGAAAGGAUUUACAUCCCCUGCUUCUAUCGGUCCAUGUGAUAACAUAUCUUCAAAUAUUGACAAUGCUCCAGAAAAGGUAGGGAAAAAUGGCCAUCCUAGAGGGCAUGGUUCAAUUACUCAAAAGGAGGCGAAAACACAAGAUAGGAAAGCCCCUUUUGUUGGAAUAUUACCAGAGAUUGCCGGAAAGAGACUUGAAGUACCCCCGAAUGGCCAUCGGUGGUUAUAGUAGAUAUUUUAUCAUGGGUUAUUGAUGUUGUUUGUGACAGAACUUUUGGGUGCCUUUGUUUAAAGUGAUUUUACAUGUUUGUUGUCAUUGUGUCAGAUAUUCUUUACAAUAAAGGGACUGCUUAGUUAUAUAUAAAGGAGUUCUACAUUUAGGCACUAUUAUUAACAUAUCGUUAUGAAACCUGGUAGAUGAACCACAACACACAUACAAAUGUACAUUAUAUAUGUAUAUACAAACCCCCCGGUAUAUAUACAAAUGUACAUUAUAUAUGUAUAUACAAACCCCCCGGUAUAUAUACA